CGGGCGUGCUUCCGUGUCCUCAAACGGCACCGCAGCUUCACCUUUAAGUCAUCGUCUUUCGCAAAUAACCGAACCGGUUUGAGAUCAUUCCAUCCUAUAGGUAUCGACUAGACGUAAGAGAAGAUAUUCAAGAUGGCGAACGCAGGCUACGACGCCGUUGUGGAUAUUGACGAUGAGGGCGACCUAGGCCACACCGACCUCCAAGAAGACCUCGAAUUCCACAACUCAAACUUCUCCUCGUCGCAGCCUCUGCGCGGCAAAGGAGGCGCCCCCCCUCUUUCCACCUCCUCUGCCCCCGGCCUCCUCCCGCCCCCCGCGACAGCCGGCUCCGGGUCGUCGUCCUCGAAGCGGUACCUGUGGACGCUGUCCUUCUACGCGCAGUUCUUCGACGUGGACACGUCGAGCGUGCUGGCGCGGUGCUGGGCCGCGCUCUACCCGCGCGCCAACUUCCUCGACGUGCUGGAGGGCAAUCCGGACCUGUACGGGCCGUUCUGGAUCGCGACGACGGUGGUGCUGAUUUUGUUCUUGGGGGGCACGAUUAGUGCGUAUUUGGCUAGCGAGGGGAAGGGCGCGUUUGCGUAUGAUUUCAAGUUGUUGAGCGGCGCUGCUGGUCUCGUCUACGGGUACACUCUCGGGAUCCCCGUGGUCCUGUUCGGCGCGCUACGAUACUUCGGCUCCGAAUCCGCCAAUUUACUCGAGUGCUGGGCGCUGUACGGGUACUCGAAUCUGAUUUGGAUCCCCGUGGCGCUGAUCAGCUGGUCGCCCAUCACGAUCCUCAACUGGGUUUUCGUGGGUGUCGGGUUCGGUCUCAGCGUCGCUUUCUUGCUGCGCAACUUGUACCCCGUCCUCAGCGCUACCGAUCGCCAGACCAGCAAGAUUCUGCUUAUCCUUGUUGUGGCCCUACAUGCCGGCCUUGCGAUCGCUAUCAAGGUCCUGUUCUUUGCCGCCGGAAGCCCUGUUGCGGGAGACAAGCCGGGUGAUACGCCGCCUGCGGCUGGAGGGGACAAGCCGGAGGGUAAUGCCAUGUUCCUUUUCUGAGGAGGCUAUGUGUUAUGUGUGUCUAUUUAUACGGGAGCAGAAGAAAGAUGUGCCGAAAUGGCAAGGUCAAGAAUGAUACGGGGGACUUGACCUGAUAUCAUGAUGGUUUUAUGGCGUUGGACAGGUGUUAUAUGCAAUAGUGUUAUGUACACUACUUACUACCUCUAUGCUAGCUGAUACCUUUCUGUUCUAAUGUAUCAUGAGAUCAGUUUCACUUUUGA